AUGAGUACUCUCAAGCUAGGAACCUUAUUAAUACGAACUCUUGCAAAGCCAGUCGCUACGUCCAUCAAGACACAAGCAAAACAACAUGCCGCUUUUCGCGAUUUUUGCAUUGGUGUCGCGCAGCGCUCGCAUAAACUCGAAAUGACACUAAAGAUGAACGUUUUGGGUUAUAAAAAGGAAAUUAUUCGACCUCUGAACGAUGCCAGGGCUGUAGAUGCUGGUGCGAACUUCCUUAGUGAAUCGUUUGUUUUUGGUGUAGCAGCAUCCAUCAUCAUUGCAGAGAGUUGGAGAUCACAUUUCUCUGCCAAGAACCGACGCAGCUAUGUGGAUGAUGCGUUGGACAAUUUAGAGGAGGAUUCGGAUAAAUUAAAGAAAUUGUUGGAGACGACCUGCGAAGCACAAAAGGCGACCGAAGAGCGUCUUGCUUUAGUUGAACAGGAUAAUGCCCAGCUGCGCAAGAUCCUUGACGAGGUAGUUCAUCGUUUUCUCGGUUCCUUCCCGCCAUUGGUUUCGCAGCCAUUCUCUAAAAUGAAAACAACACUAACUUUAUCCUUUUUUUACAUAGGUUUUGUCAGUCAGUUUGGGAUUAAAGCGACAUUCUGGUUACGAACAGCCCAAGAUUGUCAAUUUGUUAAGUAA